GAUUGACGUGGCUACAUAGAAGCCAUCUUGUUUCACCGCUAUAUUUACAGAUUUUAUAUCUGUAAACAUCGGGUUGUAUUUCGUCCUAUAAACAAAGUUGCGCUCAGUAAUAUGAUGUUUAAAAUGCUAUUGACGUUUCUUCUGCUACUGUGUAUUCUGGAUGUAUCGCAUACAGACGAGCACAAUCAUAUUUAUGAAGAUUCCGAGGAGGUUGUUCUUUGGAUGAACACAGUCGGUCCCUAUCAUAAUAGGCAGGAGACAUACUCAUAUUUUUCCCUGCCGUUCUGUGAAGGACCGAAGAAAGAUUUAAGCCAUUAUCAUGAAACCCUUGGAGAAGCAUUGCAGGGAACAGAACUGGAGUUCAGUGGAUUAGACAUUGACUUCAAAAAGGAGCGGACUUCUGUGAAGUUUUGCGAUGUGAAACUGACAGAAGAGAAAUACCAGGCAUUUGUGUAUGCCGUGAAGAACCAUUAUUGGUAUCAGAUGUACAUAGAUGAUCUCCCAAUAUGGGGAAUUGUAGGUGAGAUUGGGGAAAAUAAGGAAUAUGCCAUAUGGACUCACAAGAAGUUUGACAUAGGCUACAAUGACAAGCAGAUUGUGGAUGUCAACCUCACCAGUGAUGCAAAAGUCAAGCUGGAAAUAGGGGCAGAAAUUUCAUUCUCUUAUGAGGUGAAAUGGCACACAUCAGAAGUGAAAUUUCAUGAUCGUUUUGACAAGUACCUGGACCCAAACUUCUUUCAACACAGGAUCCACUGGUUCAGCAUCUUCAACUCGUUCAUGAUGGUGAUAUUCCUGGUAGGCCUGGUAUCCAUGAUACUGAUGCGCACCCUUCGCAAGGACUACGCUCGAUACAGCCGUGAUGACGACAUGGAUGACAUGGAGAAGGACCUAGGAGAUGAGUAUGGCUGGAAGCAGGUUCACGGGGACGUGUUCCGCCCUGCCACGUACCCCAUGCUGUUCUCAGCUCUCAUUGGAACAGGCUACCACAUCACCUUGGUAGUAGUCUGCGUCAUCACCUUCGCCAUUAUGGGCGAGUUGUACACAGAACGUGGCUCUUUAUUGAGCACAGCCAUCUUUGUGUAUGCAGCCACAUCUCCAGUCAAUGGGUAUUUUGGCGGCAGUCUCUACGCCAGAAUGGGAGGCAAGGUGUGGAUCAAGCAGAUGCUAAUGUCAGCCUUCCUGCUGCCCAGUCUCGUGUGUGGCACAGCAUUCUUCAUCAACUUCAUUGCCAUCUAUUACCAUGCUUCCAGGGCCAUCCCAUUUGGAACCAUGGUUGCUGUGACUUGUAUAUGCAUCUUUGUAAUCCUGCCCCUGAACCUUGUGGGGACAGUGCUGGGCAGGAACCUGGCAGGGCAGCCUGACUAUCCCUGCAGGAUCAACGCUGUACCUAGACCCAUACCAGAGAAAAAAUGGUUUAUGGAGCCUAGCGUGAUAAUUGUGCUUGGUGGAAUUUUACCAUUUGGAUCUAUAUUUAUUGAAAUGUACUUCAUAUUCACCUCGUUCUGGGCCUACAAGAUCUACUAUGUGUACGGCUUCAUGUUGCUGGUGUUCCUGAUCCUGGCAGUAGUGACAGUAUGUGUCACCAUCGUCUGUACCUACUUCCUGCUCAACGCUGAAGAUUAUCGCUGGCAAUGGACCAGCUUCCUGUCUGCAGCCUCCACAGCAUGCUAUGUCUACCUGUACAGUUUCUAUUACUUCUUCUUUAAAACCAAAAUGUAUGGGUUCUUCCAGACCAUGUUCUAUUUUGGGUACAUGUGGCUCUUCAGCUUAGCUCUCGGAAUCAUGUGUGGCACGCUAGGGUAUCAAGGUACAAGUUCAUUUGUGAGGAAAAUCUACUCAACAGUGAAGAUCGACUAGUUGUAGUGGCAGUGACAGAUGUGAAUAUUGUAUUUGUGAUAUCUGACAUACUGCCAUUGCAUUGACCUGGCAAGUGUGGGAUUUCCGAAUGCCGGACUACAGUGAAGUGUGUUUAGGCAGGUGACAUUUCUUGACCUGGUUGUCAUGGAAACACUAUAUGUAAAGAAGUGUGAGUCCCACAUAAGCAAUGCUUAUGGUUAAAAUGCAUUGGUACUUUAUAAGUGUAUCAAUAUCAUUGUGGUACAGUCACAAUGCAUUUCAUUUUUGUUGGUUUGAGGCAUUUUGAUUGCCAGCUGCUAUGGAAUAACUGGUGCACUGUGUUUGUCUGAUACAUAUUGAACAUGAUUACAAGUUGAACACUCUGUUGACAGCUAUCUUUUUUAGAUCUUUAACAAAUUAGUAUUACAGAGAAUUUCUGUGGUUUUGUUUCUAUUUCAAAGUGUUUUAAAACAUUUGCUUGUUAUGACAUUUUUCCAUAGAUGCUUAUUUUUAAAAAGAAUUGUGUGUUUACCAAAUAAUAAGGUAUAUAGUAUAUUUUUCGAGUGCAUAUUAUUGUUUCGUUUUAAAAUUGUUUCAUGUUGGCUUAUAUUAGUAGUUCUGUUUGCAUAUUUAUUUAUUUAAUGAUGUUUCAUUCUUGUAACAUCAUAUAUAAAAUUAUAAAAAAAAGUGUAAAUAAUAUUAUAUAUAAUGCAUACUUUACUUUUUAUGCUCCCCCAAAAUUUAGUUUGGAGGGAGCAUAUAGUCGCCGCUUCGUCUGUCCAUCCGAGUGUCAGGGCACAAUUUUUGUCGGGGCUAUUUCUCAGCAACUAAUGACCGGAAUUCAAUGAAACUUUAUGAGAAGCUUCACUACCAAGAGGAGAUGUGCAUAUUAUCAGUGGGUUCUGGUCGGAUGAUUUUUCACAGAGUUAUGGCCCUUUGAAAUUUUCCAUUAACUGUACAUAUAGUGCAAUUCUUGUCCGGGCUAUUUCUCAGCAACUAAUGACCGGAUUUCAAUGAAACUUUAUGCAAAGCUUCACUACCAAGAAGAGAUGUGCAUAUUAUCAGCUGGUUCUGGUCGGAUGAUUUUUAGCUCACCUGAGCAAUUUGUGAACAGUCUUUGUCCGUCGUACGUCUGUGCGUUAACAUAUGUUCGUAAACACUCUAGAGGCCACAUUUAUUGUCCGAUCUUCAUGAAUCUUGGCCAGAAGCUUUGUCCCAAUGAAAUCUCGGUCGAGUUCAAAACUGGCGUGCCGGUCAAAAACUAGGUCACUAGGUAAAAAAAAUGAAAAAAAACUUGUAAACACUGUUGAAGUCACAUUUCAUGCCCAAUCUUCAUGUAACUUUUUUAAAAUGUUUGUCUUAAUGAUAUGUUGGUAGAGUUCAAAAGUGGUUCCGGUCCGUUGAAAAACAUGGUUGCCAGUGGGCGGGGCAGUUUUCCUGAUUUGGCUAUAGAGAAACCUUGUAAACACUCUAGAAGUCACAAUUUUUGCCAAAUCAUCAUGAAAGUUGGUCAAAACAUUGGUUCAAUUGAUGUCUCGGACAAGUUCGAAAAUGGUCGAGAUCGGUGAAAAAACAUGGCCACCAGGGGCGGCGCAUUUUUCUCUAUAUGUAUAUAGUGGCAGUUUUCCGUAUUUGGCUUUAGAGAAACCUUGUAAACACACUAGAAGUCACAAUUUUUGCCCAAUCAUCAUAAAAGUUGGUCAAAACAUUGGUUUUAUUGAUAUCUCUGACGAGUUUGUAAAUGGUCGGGAUUGGUGAAAAAACAUGGCUGCCAGUGGGCGGGGCAUUUUUCUCUAUGUGUAUGUAGUGAAAACAUGUGAACACAGUAGAAGUCACAUUUUUGGCCCAAUUUUCAUGAAAUUUGCUCAGAACAUUUGUUUCCUUGAUACAAGAGUUGAAUUCAAAAAUGGUUCCGGUCAGUUGAAUAACAUGGCUGCUGGGAGGGGGGCAGUUUUCUCAUUAUAUUGUUUUGCUCAUGUCGGUCCGUCCGUCCACCAGAUGGUUUCCGGAUGAUAACUCAAGAGCGCUUAUGCCAAGGAGCAUGAAACUUCAUAGGUACAUUGAUCAUGACUCGCAGAUGACUCCUAUUGAUUUUUAGGUCACUAGGUCAAGGUCAUGAUGACACAAAAUAGUAAAAUGGUUUCCGGAUGAUAACUCAAGAACACUUAUGCCUAAGAUCAUGAAACUUCAUAGAUACAUUGAUCAUGACUUGCAGAUGACCCUUGUUGAUUUUCAGGUCACUAGGUCAAAGGUCAAGGUCACGGUGACCCAAAGCAAUGAAAGUUUCUGGAUGAUAACUCAAGAACUCUUAUGCCUAGGAUCAUGAAACUUCAUAGCUACAUUGAUCAUGACUCGCAGAUAACCCCUAUUGAUUUUGAGGUCACUAGGUCAAAGGUCAAGGUUAUGAUGACCCGAAAUAGUAAAAUGGUUUCGGGAUGAAAACUCAAGAACGCUUAGGCCUAGGAUCAUGAAACUUCAUAGGUACAUUGAUCAUUACUCGUAGAUGACCCCUAUUGAUUUUCAGGUCACUAGGUCAAAGGUCAAGGUCGCGAUGACCCAAAAUAGUAAAAUGGUUUCCGAAUGAUAACUCAAGAACGCUUAGGCCUAGGAUCAUGAAACUUCAUAGGUACAUUGAUCAUGACUCGUAGAUGACCCCUAUUGAUUUUCAGGUCAAAGGUCAAGGUCAUGGUGACCGAAAUUUUAAAAUAUUUUCCAGAUGAUAACUCAAGAGUGCUUAUGCCUAUGAUUAUGAAACUUCAUAGGUACAUUGAUCAUGACUCGAAGAUGACCCCUAUUGAUUUUCAGGUCACAAGGUCAAGGUCGGGGUGACCUGAAAUAGUAAAAUGGUUUCUGGAUGACAACUCAAGAACGCUUAUGCCUAGGAUCAUGAAACUUCAUAGGUACAAUGAUCAUGACUCGCAAAUUACCCCUAUUGAUUUUCAGGUCACAAGGUCAAAGGUCACGGUGACCUGAAAUAGUAAAAUGGUUUCUGGAUGAUAACUCAAGAACGCUUAUGCCUAGGUUCAUGAAACUUCAUAGGUAAUUUGAUCAUGACUCGCAGAUGACCCCUAUUGAUUAUCAGGUCACUAGGUCAAAGGUCAAGGUCACAGUGCCAAAUAAACUAUUCACACAAUAGCUGUCAAGGUCACGGUGACUCAACUUAGAAAAAUGGUUUCUGAAAGAUAACUCAAGAAUGCUUACGCCUAGGAUCAUGAAACUUCAUAGGUAUAUUGAUCAUGACUCACAGAUGAAAUAAUGAUGAAACUUGACCAGGCUGUUUGUCUGGACAAUAUCUAGGUCAAGUUUGACAUUUGUUAAAGAUUGAAUGAACCGACUCCUGUCAGGUGAGUAAACUAGGGCAAUCUUGGCCCUCUUGUUUAUGAUUAUACUGUAUAUAAAGGGAUUUGCAUCCAUCCAUAAACACAAUUUAUUUGGUAGGCUUUAUCAAUUCAACAAAUUUGCUCAUUUUAAAUAUAUUUUCGACACUUACGACACUCUAAGUGCCUGUAGUAAUUGAAUAAGAACAAGGAUUUUUUUGCUGAGGGAGUUUCAUGGUUUGCUUUGUUUGAAAUAUUUUUCUUGUGUUUGAAAAAUAGUAUGUUCGCCUAUCGACAUAAUUUUAAGCACAGUUAACUCACAUUUAUCAUUGGUGUUGAGGAAUGUUUGUUUCGUUUACUUUCAUCAACUUUAAGCUUCAUUAACACACUAGUUAAUUAAAUUCUGGAAACUUAAUGCAGUCAGGUUGUUUGCAGACGUUUUUUAGUCGCAUUUUAGAGGUAUGUUGGCCUACUAUUUUUGUACAUUAGUUGUCAUUUGUAAGUGAGGUACUUGGACAUCAUAACAGCUGUUUUACAGGAGUUCAGAACAUUCACAUUUUGUUUCAUGUAAAAUUUAUUGUCAUCUUGUAAGUUGCUGUUCAUUUUAAUUUAUGUAUGAAUAUUAAGGGACAUAAUUUGAUGAAUUAAGCAUGUGUAUUUCAGAAGAUUUUUUUUAUAUUAAAGUUUCCAUAUUUAGUUUUUGUUGUGAGGCGUUUAAAUAGGCCAAAAGGCAGUAUCCUCAAAUCCCAAGGGAGCAAGUUGUAUACAAUUUACUGUAAAGUAGUUAAGUCCGAAAGCCGGAGUUAAUUUUUUCAUCACUUUCAGAUUAUAUUAAAUGUUAAGUGAUGGUGGGGGAGGGGGGGGGCUAGACUUAUUGUUUGUGGAGUCUCUCUUAUUUGUGUACUUGUGUGGUGUAUCUGUUUCACUUACUAAACAAGCCAUGUCUCGUGUACAACUAACAUUCCAAUUUGAAUACUGUACUACACAUUUGUGUAGAAGUUUGGCAUAUAAAGCUGAACAGUCCUAUGGAACCCCAACCUCUGCUUCAGAGUAUAAACUGGCUUAUUGUCCGCUACUGGUGAAACCGGAGGGGACUUAUGGUUUGCGCUCUGUGUGUCCGUCAGUCUGUCAUACUUUGCUGGAUCCUGAGAUAACUUUAAAAGUUCUUAAUAUUUUUUCAUGAAACUUGAAGCAUGGAUAGAUGGCAAUAUGGAGAUUAUGCACGUCAUUUCAUUUUGUUCCUACGUCAACAAUUCUGGUUUCUAUGGCAACACAUAUUUAUUUUAAAAAUUUUAAAAAAUCUGACAAUGGUGGAGUUUCACCGGUAGGGGAUCAUUUUGCUUGACAAUAGUCUUGUUUAGUAUAUAUUAUAUUUGGUAUAAACAUCGUAUUUAGUUAUCUGCAUAGUAUAUUCUGCGGGAUUUUAAGACGUGUUGAACUUGAAUGCCUAUAGUAGUUUGCAUAGUUUCUUUCUUGUAAUUACAUUAUCAAACGAACAUUUGUGCACAUAUAAUAUUGUUGAUAACUGCAACUGUAUAUUUUCAUAUUUUCUUGUUUCAUUUUCCUGCAAAUCCAUGAAACAAGUAUGUUUGUGUUACAACAUCGAUUCUACUUGGUCAUCAUGUAAAUGGGAUCAUUAAGGUGAAGCGAUCCCUGUAUAUACAUGUAUGCACAAAUGAUGCUUAAGUUAAUGUACGUUGUUAGGAGGAAAUAUGUUUUUGUUGUGUAUAUAAGUAACUUAAUAUUUGUUAACAUGGAUCAUUAUUGUAUGUUGCAAAUGUACAUUAAUAUUGAGGUGUAUGACAUUUGUAAGUUGAUGAUUUGGUUUGAUGUUAUUACUGCAAUGGAAUAAAGUAAUGAAAUUUA